CGGCUCCUGGAGGCCCCGGGCCCGGCCCGGGCGGCGGUGGCGGUGGCGGCUCUAGCUCAAGACGUCGGUGGCGCCGUAGCACCGCGCCGCGGCCAUGGCCCUGGUCACCCUGCAGCGGUCGCCCACGCCCAGCGCCGCCUCCUCCUCGGCCAGCAACAGCGAGUUGGAGGCUGGGAGCGAUGAAGAUCGAAAGUUAAACCUCAGCUUAAGCGAGAGCUUUUUCAUGGUGAAAGGUGCAGCCCUCUUCUUACAACAGGGAAGCAGCCCUCAAGGCCAGCGGAGUCUUCAACACCCCCACAAGCAUGCAGGUGACCUGCCUCAGCAUCUUCAGGUGAUGAUCAACCUUCUGCGUUGUGAAGACAGAAUCAAGCUGGCCGUGCGCCUGGAGAGCGCCUGGGUGGACCGGGUCCGGUACAUGGUGGUGGUGUACAGCAGCGGGCGCCAAGACACCGAGGAGAAUAUCUUGCUGGGAGUGGACUUUUCCAGUAAGGAAAGUAAAAGCUGCACUAUUGGGAUGGUUCUCCGGCUGUGGAGUGACACAAAAAUCCACCUUGAUGGAGACGGUGGUUUCAGCGUGAGCACAGCAGGAAGGAUGCACAUAUUUAAGCCUGUGUCUGUCCAGGCCAUGUGGUCUGCCCUGCAGGUGCUUCACAAGGCCUGUGAAGUGGCCCGGAGGCACAACUACUUCCCCGGAGGCGUAGCUCUCAUCUGGGCCACCUACUAUGAGAGCUGCAUCAGCUCCGAGCAGAGCUGCAUCAACGAGUGGAAUGCCAUGCAGGACCUGGAGUCCACGCGGCCUGACUCCCCCGCGCUCUUUGUGGACAAGCCCACCGAAGGGGAAAGGACCGAGCGCCUCAUCAAAGCCAAGCUCCGAAGCAUCAUGAUGAGCCAGGAUCUAGAAAACGUGACCUCCAAAGAGAUCCGUAAUGAAUUAGAGAAACAGAUGAAUUGUAACUUGAAGGAAUUCAAGGAAUUCAUAGACAAUGAGAUGCUACUUAUCUUGGGACAAAUGGACAAGCCCUCCCUUAUCUUCGAUCAUCUUUAUCUCGGCUCUGAAUGGAAUGCAUCCAAUCUGGAGGAACUGCAGGGCUCAGGGGUUGACUACAUUUUAAAUGUUACCAGAGAAAUCGACAAUUUUUUUCCUGGCUUAUUUGCGUAUCAUAACAUCCGAGUCUAUGACGAAGAGACGACAGACCUUCUCGCCCACUGGAAUGAAGCGUAUCACUUUAUAAACAAAGCAAAGAGGAACCAUUCCAAGUGCCUGGUGCAUUGCAAGAUGGGCGUGAGUCGCUCGGCCUCUACGGUCAUAGCCUAUGCCAUGAAGGAAUUUGGCUGGCCUCUGGAAAAAGCAUAUAACUACGUGAAGCAGAAGCGCAGCAUCACGCGCCCCAACGCAGGCUUUAUGAGGCAGCUGUCUGAGUAUGAAGGCAUCUUGGAUGCAAGCAAACAGCGGCACAACAAGCUGUGGCGUCAGCAGACAGACAGCAGCCUCCAGCAGCCUGUGGAUGACCCUGCGGGACCCGGCGACCUCCUGCCAGAGACCCCCGAUGGCACCCCGGAAAGCCGGCUACCCUGCUUGGAUGAUGCUGCCCAGCCAGGUGUAGGGCCCCCACUCCCCUGCUGUUUCCGGCGACUCUCAGACCCCCUUCUGCCUUCCCCUGAAGAUGAAACUGGCAACUUGGUCCACCUGGAGGAUCCAGAGAGAGAGGCUCUGUUGGAGGAAGCUGCUCCGCUUGCAGAGCUGCACAGGCCGACCAGACAGCCCCAGCGAGGUUCUGGACUCUGUGAGAAGGAUGUGAAGAAGAAACUAGAGUUUGGGAGUCCCAGAGCCCGGAGUGGCUCCUUGCCGCAGGUGGAGGAGAUGGAAAGGGAGGAGGGCCUGGGAGCAGGGAGGUGGGGGCGGCCUCCAACCCAGCUCGAUCAAAACCUGCUCAACCCGGACAACCUAAAUAACAACAACAGCAAGAGGAGCUGUCCCGACGGCAUGGAGCAUGAUGCUAUAUUUGGGAUCCUUAACAAAGUGAAGCCUUCCUACAAAUCCUGUGCCGACUGCAUGUAUCCUGCAGCCAGCGGGGCUUCCGAGGCCUCCAGGGAGAGAUGUGAGGACCCCAGCGCUCCUGCCAUCUGUACCCAGCCAGCCUUCCUGCCCCAGGUCACGUCCUCCCCUGUGGCCCACGUGGCUGGCAGGUCCCGUGUUCCGGAGAAGCCGGCCUCUGGCCCAACUGAACCUCCCCCGUUGCUACCGCCAGCAGGCUCCAGGAGGCCAGACACCAGUGGCCCUGGGGCUGGGGCUGCCCUAGAGCCACCGGCUAGCCUGUUGGAAUCUUCCAGAGAGACCCCAAAAGUCCUGCCAAAAUCCCUCCUUUUGAAGAAUUCUCACUGUGAUAAGAACUCUUCCAGCACAGAAGCAGGGAAGGAAGAAUCGUCACCCAAGAAAGAUACGAAACCAGCCAAGGACCUGAGGCUUCUGUUCAGUAAUGAAUCUGAGAAGCCGACAACCAACAGCUACCUGAUGCAGCACCAGGAGUCCAUCAUUCAGCUGCAGAAGGCAGGCCUGGUCCGCAAGCACACCAAAGAACUGGAGCGGCUGAAGGGCGGGCCUGCAGACCCAGCUCCCCACUCUAGGGACAGCGCUGCCGGCAGGCUGGAGGCCAGCAUCCCAGAGGAGAGCCAGGAUCUAGCCGCGCUCCAUGAGCUGGGGCCCCUGGUUAUGCCUGGCCAUGCUGGGAGUGAUGAGAAGUCAGAGGCCGCCCCCGCCUCAUUGGAAGGAGGCUCACUGAAGAGCCCCCCUCCUUUCCUCUAUCGCCUGGACCACACCAGUAGUUUCUCAAAGGACUUUCUGAAGACCAUCUGCUACACCCCCACCUCCUCGUCCAUGAGCUCCAACCUGACCCGGAGCUCCAGCAGCGACAGCAUCCACAGUGUCCGCGGGAAGCCUGGGCUGGUGAAGCAACGGACGCAGGAGAUCGAAACCCGGCUCCGGCUGGCGGGCCUUACCGUCUCCUCCCCACUGAAGCGCUCACACUCUCUUGCCAAACUGGCGAGUCUCAACUUCUCGACAGAAGACCUGUCCAGCGAGGCUGACCCAUCCACCGUCACUGACUCCCAGGACGCCACGUUGAGUGAAUCUUCCUUCUUGCAUGAGCCCCAGGCAAACCCGAGGGACCCAACUGUAACCUCCAAACCAUCAGGGAAACUUGCCCCAGAAAACUUGAAGAGCCCUUCGUGGAUGAGCAAAAGCUGACCCGCCUUUUGCUGCGUUGCGCCGGACGGAUAUUUUCUUUUCUUUUCUUUUCUUUUUUUUUUUUUUGAGACAGA